GUUUGGGGAUGGGGAAAGCAAGGCGGGUGUGGCGGGAAGAGAAGCUUGCGCGAGAAAGACCGAGAAAGACUUCGUACCCAACGCCCACUCCAGACUCUCCUGGGGCUGUGAGCGGUAACUGGAGUACCCUGUGGCGCGUCCGGAUCCUCCCGUGCCCGGCCAAAUCCUGCAGAGUGAAGAUUUAAAUUCCAAGAUAAUGGCAAAACAUCUGAAGUUCAUUGCCAGAACUGUGAUGGUACAGGAAGGGAACAUGGAAGGUGCAUACCGGACCCUGAACAGAAUCCUCACCAUGGAUGGGCUCAUCGAGGACAUUAAGCGACGGCGGUACUAUGAAAAGCCUUGUCGCCGACGACAGCGGGAAAGCUAUGAAACCUGUCGGCGGAUCUACAACAUGGAAAUGGCUCGAAAGAUCAACUUCUUAAUGCGAAAGAAUCGGCCGGAUCCAUGGCAGGGCUGCUGAGGCCUGUGGAUAGUAGGCCCAGUAUGAAAAUCCCUAUCCAGCUAUCUCUUUCCUUCCUCCAAUCCCAUUUUCUCUUACCUCUCAUAAUAAAUUCAAUCACGUAUAUGCAA